AUGGCAUACCUCCUCUAUUCCCUAACCUUCCUCGUGCUCGUCACCGGCACGAUCCUAUACCUAACCCGGAAUUACUGGGUGACGUUUCUCCCCGGACGCUCGCAUCUAUACUCGCGGCUCCCCGGCUCUUUCGCGGGCGAUAUCGAAGCGGGUCUGUCGAGCAGCACCUUCGAUCUAGGCGCGAACGUAGAAGGGGGCGAUGCCCGCGCAGGUCUUGACGACGAGGCGAAGGCCCAAAUUCUUGCGAUUAUGAAGAAGAGGCGCAUGCGCUUCGAUGAGGCGCGCAGGGUCUACAUGGAGCAGCGAUUCAGCGCAAAUGGCAUCGCGGCGGAUGGGAGACCGAAGGACCCCAAGUUCGUCAGUUUCUCAUGA